AUGCAGGUCACCCUCAACGCCCAGGAGAUGCUCGGCGAACCCAGCGAGGCCUUUGACCUCGGCCCGCAAUGGUCCUACUUUACCCGCGUCUCGCUCUACUUCCCCGUCGUCAUCAUCGUCACCAUCGCCAGCAUCUUGGCCCUGUCGCUCAUCGGCGUGGCCGUCAUGGCCGGCGGGGACCUGUACUGGGCCAAGACGACGAGGAGGAAGAAGAGAAACGGGGACCCCGAUGCCGGGAACAGAAGUCACGGUACGUGCGGCGGCCGCUGCUUCAGCAUCAUCGGCGACGGCGAGCUCGUCCCCGACGGCGUGGAUCUUGCGGCCCUGGGCGUCCCCGGCGCGGAACCCGGACGCCGCGUGCCGGCGUGGCGCCCGGAGCCCAAGAUGUGGAACGAUGCGAGCGUGUUGACGUACUUGAGCGUGAAUGCGCACUCUAUCGACCAGGGCCAGGGUUUCGAGAUGAGGGAUCUGACGGAUGCGAAAAGGUCGAGUACCGGAAUCAUCGGGACCCGGUGGAUGCUACUAGGACGGAUAUACGGUUUGAUCGGCCUCAUGACGGAGCCUCACCCCGAGCUACCAACGAACGAGGCCGGCGAGGUGGACUACACACCUAUCCCUGAACGUUCCCUAUCGCUGUCGCCCGGCCGCCAGCGCAUCAUGCAGCACAUUUUGAAUCUUUACUGUGGAAGUGCCUCGGAGUCCGACAUGAUGGCGUACGCUGAGCAAGCUGUAUAUGAUGAUCCACUUAGCUACUGCGACACGAGACACAAGAUCGCUGGUCAAUGGUACGGGAUCCCCAAACUAUUCUCCAAGUCCGAAACUCUCGCGACCGAGGUCGUGGCCUCCAAGGAGCACGAGCUUGUAUGGAAACUCAGUCAAAGGUACACGUUUGCCGGAAUCCGCGUCCCCAAAACGGUCAAUAGCUUGGUGAGCCUCACUCUGCAAGGGCGAGAACCCAACGAAGAAGUGGUGUAUCAUAAGGAUAUGUGGAACGAGAAGGACUAUUCGCAUGAGGGCGACAAACUUAUAUUUGUUACCAAACCACCCGAGUCUCUUUAA